AUGUCACCCAAAAGACGAAAUUCUAAGCGACUUUCAAAACAAAAUCCGUAUAAAAGAAAGAAGAGUAAGACCAUAGAACCAGUAUCAGAUUCACUUGUCGAAUCAGUUACUUUCAAUGCAGAGGCCUCAACUACACCUUCACCAGAACCAACGACCAAGAGGGAAACAAACCAUGAGUAUUCACUGAGAAUUACGCGAUCCGGAAAAAUAAGGAAGUAUGUGGAGCAAGGAUUAAAUGCAUUAAAAAAUAAGAAUAAAGCAUCCGAUGAGGCUUCAAACACUACCUUGAUCCUAUCUGGCAAUGGCCCAGUUAUCGCGAAAACAAUUUCAAUAGUAGAGAUAAUCAAGCGAAAAAUAAACGAUACUUUGCAUCAGUAUAACAAAAUCAGUAGGACUUUUGUGAGAACCAAGGAUAGCGGCAAAGAGGUGGAAGGUGAAAGUAAUGAAGAUAUUAGAGAUGUGGAUAUGGAAGAUUAUGAGGAAAAUCAAGAUGGGUAG